UGGAGGGAGGGAUGGCAAGACCGGCGACAUUACUGUGAGUGGUCGAGGAUUUGGCUGUGGACUGUGUGGGCGUGUGGAUUGGGCGGUUGUGUUGCGCGCAAGAAUCGUCGGCACUGUCCUGGGCUGGCUGAGCUCGGUUUAUACUUGAUUGCAUGUGAGGUAGAGCGUGGGCGGAUCCGGGGACGUGGAUAGGAUCGCAUAGGGACGUAGGUCCGUGGAAGCUGGUGGGAAAAUUGCGAGACACAGAGUGAUCCGAGGCCCGAGGAGAAGGAGAGUGCGGUGCAGGUUGUUGGCAUGGUGUGCCCUGUUUGGCGAUCAGUAGGAUGCGCAGCAUUUUGUUGUGGGCGUGUUAGGAAGGCGACUCCGUCCGCCAUCAGAUCUGGAGUGCGCAAGAGGCAUGUGCGCGAGCGCGAGCGCGGGGUGGUCCACAGCGAUGAGGACGUAGGGGUGGUUGAAAGGAUUGCGAAGGAUCUUGUGAGGCCGAGAUACCGCAAGCAUGGCUUACGAUGGGUACUCUGGCGGAGCUGACGACCUGAGUACAUACAGCAGCUUCGACGAUUCAGCCCGGUUCGACAGCUCUAGGUUGGACUCUGCUCGAUUUGACAGCUCGUUCCGAGCUCCAGACGAUUACAAGCCGGAUCACUUCGGGAUGGACGACAACAGGGAAGGGUUCGACGACUUCAAGGGCGCGUCCCACGGUUACGAUCACCCGGCCCCAAUAUACGAGAACGAGGAGUCGGCCCCUGGCAUGCCGGGGAUGUACGGGUUCGGGAUGCCGGGUUCGGAGUCGCCGUCAGGAUUUCCGAAGGGGGAGUAUUCGGCUCCUGGGUUUACAGACGCGGAGUACACGUCGAAUCCGGCGGGGGGGAGCUACAACAAAGAGCUGGACGAGGAUUUGUUCGGCGGAGACAACGGCGGCGGUCCAAUGCUGCCCCCGCCUGAGGAGAUGCAGGAGGAAGGCGCCAUUCUUCGGCAGUGGAAGAGGGAGAACAUGCAGCGGCUGCAAGAGAAGGAGCGCGUCGAGAAGGAGAAGCUGCAGCAGAUCAUGGACGAUGCUGAUGAGUACAAGGAGAAGCACAAGGCAAAGCGGGAAUCGAACCGGGAGGCGAAGAUGAAGGAGAAUCGUGAGAAGGAGAUGGUGUACCACGCCGACCAGGAGCACUUCCACAAGACGGCGGACAAGCAGUACUGGAAGGCUGUGACGGAGCUGGUUCCGAAGGAGCUGCCGGCAUCUCUGGAGCCGAAAAGCCGACAAAUGAAGGAGAAGAAGGAGAAGAAGUCGACGUUCGUGGCUCUUCCAGGACCGAAACCGGGGAGGGCGACGGACCUGGGACGGUUCAGGCAGGUGCUGUUGAAGCUGAAGCACAACCCUCCUGCACACAUGAUUCCUCCUCCUCCACCGCCAGCGAAGGCGGAGGUGAAGGAGGGCGAGAAGGGUGCGAAGGAUGGGGCUGCGAAGGAGGGCGAGAAGGAGAAGGAGAAUGGUGCCGCCGUUGCAGCACCAGCAGCAGAUGCGGCGAAGGCCCCCGAAGCCCCUGCGGCGCAACCGGAGCCGGAGUUGAUAGCCGCAGCGUGAGGAGGUGGAGUGGGUCCCGAUUGAGUAGAUCAGCGUAGGCGUAUGCAGUUAGUUUUGUAGAAGUCGGAGGUUUGAGUUGUGGAGCGGGUGGGGAUUGAAGGCGGGGGCAUUGGUUGUAGGCGGUUCCUGUCGAGUAGGUUUUGAUAAUCACGUGCACAUGACGCACCGUUUGGGACGGAAGUUGGAUGUACAAGGGUUGUGGAGGUUGGGGGUGGUGGUCGGACGACGUUGGCAGCCUGGUGAUUUUGUCAAUAACGAUUGUUGAUUUUAGCGUAAA